CUGGUCCGGGGUGCAGUGGCGCAUACGAACAUCGCCCGAGCUGGGGGUCCCUGAAAGAGGGGCCCAGGGUCCUUCGCCGAGGGUCGAAACUACAUAAGAGUCCUUCGUCGUCGAUAUUGACGACUCAGGUCAUCUUGAUGGAUUGAUUCGCAACCCCAUCGAUCCCGUUCUGACCACACUAUUAGACCCCCUCUUUAUUUUGGUCUUUGGCUUGGUCUGAACGGCUUUGACAAUGCAGCGCCCUUUCCUCUCAGCCCUCAUGGCUGCCGUCGCCGUGUCGGCGUGCGAAAUCCCCGAUGAGCCCCCCCUUUCCGACACCAUCACCGAGGGCUUCGGCAUCGUGGUGCAGAACCCCGAGUGGCCCAUUGUCCACAACCGCUACAUGAAUCUGUACGAGUCGGGUGGAGGUGAUCAGCAUCUCUAUCUCAGCCCGGCGGGCGCCUACGCCUUUGAUCUGGUUCUCACCGGGGGCAUCAUUGAGCAGGAUGGUCUUUUUGCCGUCAUCAACGGCGAGUACCUCAUCACCGAUAAUACCACCAAGCUCUUCAUGACGGAGCGCGCGGACCCAAUGGCCAUCUUCCAGCCCGUCUACGGCUGCAACCCCGACACGGACGAGUUGCAGGUUGAGCUUGAGUUUGUCGAGCGCCGUGGUGACGGUGAUCUUCCUGGCGGUCACAUCUGCGUCCGCUCCGCCGCGGGUGAGAGACACGAGUUCCGCUGGUCUCCCCCUGAGAAUCCCGCCUGGGACGACGAGAGGCCCUGCAUCCCCGUGUCCCUCGUGAUCGACCGCUCCGAACCCCCUCCCAUCCCGACCCCCAGCGGCAGCAGCUCCAUCAUCAUCCCCACCCCCACCGGCCCGUCCGGCCCCACGGCCACCCCAGACAUCUUCGCCGACGUCACCUCCGAAGGGUUCGCCUUCGUGGGCUGCGCGCCCGAGGAAGGCCCCGCCGGCGACGGCAUCCCCACCCGCACCCUCAACGGCGAGCUCUACGCCGACGACGAGCUGACCAACGAGCUCUGCGUGCAGUACUGCGGCAGCCGGGGCUAUGCCUACGCUGGGUCCGAGUAUGGCCGGGAGUGCUGGUGCGGGAACUCGUACCCGCCUACGCGCCAGCCCGGGAACACCCUCGCCGAUCUUGCCGGGUGCAACAUGCGCUGCGGCGGCGAUGACGGGCAGUGGUGUGGUGGUGGUGGGUGGAUGAACUUGUAUGAGGCUUGUGGGGAGAACGAGCCUUGUGUGAAUGCUGAGUUUCUCCCGGCUGCGAAGAGACAUUAAGGGGUACCGCAGGUGUAUAGAUGGGUGUAGUGGAGGAGAAGAAAAGUAGGAUGGCAAGCGCAGGGCUCAACUAAUGCCUUUGGUUUAUAUAAGUCUAGAGAACAUAGACCUGACGGAAGAAAAUGGGGUUGAAAUUAGGGAAACAGUUCUCCC